AUGAGCGAAGCACGGAACAAGGCAGUGCUGAUAGGGGUGAGCGGUGUGUCGUCGUCGGGGAAGACGACACUCGCCCGGCUGCUGAGAGACAUAAUCCCGAACACAUUCAUUCUGCACGAAGACGACUUUUACAAGACAGAUCAGGAGAUACCUGCCAACAAAGAUGGAUUGCAAGACUGGGACUGCCUUGAAUCACUUGAUUUGGAAGCAUUAGACAAAGCACUCGACUUCAUCAAGACUCAUGGAUAUCUACCGCCGAAUCUAGAGUCCAAGGAGGACAAGAAUGCAGUGGGUGAAUCUGGAGUGGACAGGGAAAGAGUGGCAGAACUCAAGGAAGCAGCGCAUAAGAUGUUGAGUGCAAGCUCUGAUGUGCCAGUCUUCAUUAUCGACGGGUUCCUGCUUUUCUCACAAGAAAUGCAACACAUUCGAGAAUUGUUCGACGUCAAACUGUUCCUCCGAGCAGACCACCAGACGGUGAAGCAGCGAAGAGAGGCCAGAACAGGUUAUGUCACGUUGGAAGGGUUCUGGGAGGAUCCGCCUGGUUAUGUCGACUCUGUGGUUUGGGCAAACUAUGCCAAGGAUCAUGCAUUUUUGUUUGAGGAUGGAGAUGUGGAGGGGAAAUUGAAAGACGGCGUCUGCGAAGAGCUGAAGAUCGACACGGCACCUCUGACAGUCCAAGGCAAUAUGACUGCCUGCAUGGACUGGGCUUAUGAGAAAAUAUCGGGUCACUUGUCGAGCAGAGCAGCUCAAUGA